AUCGCGCGCCAGAGGCGGAGAGAGAGAGAGAGAGAGUGCCGGCUGUCACGCGCUUGCGCUCGUUCUCUCGCUCUCGGCUCAGCAGAGUGAGCGGCACGCGCGGGAAGACUCGCCGCAGCAGCUCGCGCUCCUUUUCCCUUCACACCGGCCUUCAGCAGCCGCACAACCGCCAUGACUUCCCGGAGGUGGUUUCACCCCAACAUCAGUGGCAUCGAGGCAGAGCACCUCCUCCUGACGCGAGGCGUCCACGGCAGCUUCCUGGCUCGACCAAGCAAAAGCAACCCAGGAGACUUCACACUGUCUGUCAGGCGGAACGACGAAGUCACUCACAUUAAGAUCCAGAAUUCUGGCGAUUACUAUGACCUGUAUGGAGGGGAGAAGUUCGCCACUCUGGCCGAGUUGGUGCAGUACUACAUGGAGCAGCACGACCUUUUGCGUGAAAGGAACGGCGACGUUAUCGAGCUCAAAUAUCCUCUCAACUGCAAAGACCCCACUUCUGAGAGGUGGUAUCAUGGGCAUCUAUCAGGCAGAGAUGCAGAAAAGCUGCUCACAGAGAAAGGCAAGCCAGGCAGCUUUCUGGUGAGGGAGAGUCAGAGCAAACCUGGAGACUUUGUGCUGUCUGUUCUCACUAAUGAGGAAAAACAUGAAAACGUGGACCGCAAAACAAAGGUCACCCACGUCAUGAUACGCUACCAGGAUGUGAAGUAUGAUGUGGGUGGAGGGGAGAGGUUUGACACACUAACAGACUUGGUGGAGCACUAUAAAAAGAACCCAAUGGUGGAGAAGAGUGGGAUUGUAGUGCACCUUAAGCAGCCGUUCAAUGCCACUCGGAUAAACGCAGCCAACAUUGAGAACCGAGUGCGAGAGUUGAACAAAGUGGCAGACAAUUCUGAAAAACCCAAGCAAGGCUUCUGGGAAGAAUUUGAGAUGCUACAGCAGCAGGAAUGUAAACUCUUGUACCCCAGAAAAGAAGGCCAGAGAGCUGAGAAUAAGAGCAAAAACAGAUACAAGAACAUUCUACCCUUUGACACCACCCGGGUGACAAUCAGGGAAGCAGAUCCCGAUGUGCCUGGCUCUGACUACAUUAAUGCCAAUUAUAUCCGAAGUAUUCAGGAAGAGGGCCGUCAUGUGGACGAAGGCAAAGUGUUCAUUGCUACUCAGGGCUGCCUUCAGAACACAGUGCUGGACUUCUGGAAAAUGGUGUAUCAGGAAAACACUCAUGUUAUUGUCAUGACGACCAAGGAGAUGGAGCGAGGCAGGAAUAAGUGUGUACGCUACUGGCCAGACACAGGCACAGCAAAGGAGUUUGGGAAUGUGUGUGUGAGGAACAUGGAAGAGCAGGCUGCUCAGGACUACAUCCUCAGAGAGCUGGAGGUCACACGUACAGACCGCAAGGAGGCUUCCCGGUAUAUCUGGCACUAUCAGUACCUGAGCUGGCCUGACCAUGGUGUGCCAAAUGAACCAGGAGGAGUUCUCAACUUUCUUGAACAGGUUAAUCGAACUCAGAACGCCAUUCCAAAUACCGGUCCUGUCAUAGUCCACUGCAGCGCAGGGAUCGGAAGAACAGGCACAAUAAUUGUGAUAGACAUCCUUAUCGAUAUCAUAAAUAGACAAGGGCUGGACUGUGACAUUGACAUCCCAAAGACGAUCCAGCGAGUGCGUCAGCAGCGAUCCGGCAUGGUCCAGACUGAAGCCCAGUAUAAGUUCAUCUACAUGGCUGUACAACAGUAUAUCGACACAGCACAGAAGAGACUGGAGGAGGAGCAGAGGAAUAAGAGAAAGGAAAGAGAGUACUCCAAUAUCAAGUAUCCACAGAUGACAAAUACUAGGGCCAUGCCCAACGUGAGCUCCUCUCGCUCAUCUGUAAUGAAUGAUGAAGCAUCCAGUGUAUACGAGAACGUACACAUCAAAAACCCAAAGAGUGCCGUCUGCACAAAUUCCAGGAGAUAGGGCUUGGGGCUGCUGCCUCACUCUCUCCUCUGUUAGAGGUGCUAUGUGCAGGCACUUGGCUGUGAGGUGACUGUGGAGCUUGUCACUGAGUGGAUGCCUGUGUGUUGGAGGUAUGAUUGGUGGCCCCUGAGAGCUCCACGGCCCCUUCACUUCAUCAUCACUGACUGACUCGAUGUCUAAGUGCCUGAUCCGCCACAAACAGCCAGAACAGAGCCGCCUCGGCACUUCUCCUUCCAGUCUGAAAAGCCGGCACAGUUCUGCCGACCUAGCGCUCAGCUACUCAGUCACUCCUGAACGGACAAAGACUGUUAAACAGGACUAACUCCAGGUUUCUCCAGGCUUUGUCCUGUCCACACUCUGUAUGCCUGCUGCCAGACCUUGUGCUGUCCCAAGGACCUCUGUUGCAUUUCACUAAUAGUUAGUGCUUUGCUGUGAGAUGGACACGAUAAAGGAAUCCGCCUGUCCAUGGCAGACGAUCCUAUCAAGCUUGCACGCAAGAAGAAAAAAAAAAAAACAGCUAGAAUUGCAACACGUUCCAGCUCUCAAGCUACACAGAAUGCAGAGAUGUUACUAAUAUUAUUGUUAGCUAACAGCAAAAACGGGUGACUUUUUAAAGUGGUACGUGCUGUAGAUAGUUUUAUAUGUGCCAAUAAGCAGGCCGCAUUUUAUGCUUUGGUAAAAGUGUCUGCUGUGAUGCUUUGCAAAGCUUCAUCCUGUACUGAUUGUAUAUGGAGUCACGUGUUAGUUAUUAAUGGGCUCAUAGACCAAUCAUCUUCUGUGUUUGAGCUUUUUCUCAGCAGGCACGUCUUCAGAAGGUUUUUUUUUAUUAUUUAAUAUCUGGUUUUAGAAAGCUCUGGCAGUUCAUCAAUAACACUGAUUAUUUCUCCAAUGUUAUGUCCAUUAUUGAUUGCUUAUGACACAUUUUCUGUUCAUUGUGAAUGAUAUUUUUGACCGAUAUUGGAAUCGUUGAGCAGGGUUGAUUAAAAACAUCAUUUGAUUGUUUUUUUCACAUUCUCAGAGGAAGACCCUAAAAGCUUUUUGAUUGUUAUUCAGGGUUUGUGUAUAAAUGUGGUGAUAAAUAGGCAUUCAGGGAUUGUGGUCUGUUCAAGGAUUCCACUCAAUUUCAUCAGCAGCAAGUCAAGGAGAGGCAACCGGAGAGGUGUGUGAGUUAUGACGAGUUUAUGAAAGUCGUGGUGCUCAAGUAGAGAAGACGGGUCCGCAUGCUGGUCAGGUCACUCAUGUGAACAGUCUUCAGUACAGAGUUAAGCAGUCCAGAUGGCCUGAGACUAAGAAUACAGAAUAAUCUUGCCUGUGAAAAAGCAAUUUGUAAAAUGCCGGUAAUCCACACAGGAUGAUUGAAGAAACCAGCAUGCCUUGUGAUGUUAAAAGGAGUGUGAUCUUAGAGUUGCAUGCUUACAUGAGGAGGAUUAGACACAUGCGACAGAUUCUGAAUGCUUAAAAUAACUCAGGUAAUGGUGGGUCGGAUUAAUCACCGUCUACAUCCAUGAAAGUGGUUUUAGCGAAGACCAUAUAAGGAGGAAGGUGAUGUGAUGAGUGGAAGAACUGAGACUGUUUUAAUUUUGAUCCAGCUUGGCUGUGGUUCAAAUGAUGUAGUGCCCUCAAGAAUUAUAGGCACCCUUCAUAUGAAAGUGAUUGUAUGAAAUAAAUAUUACACAGAAUUUUCCAGUCAAACAAUGAGAGAAACUAUUUCUCUUUGUUCUAACAAAAAUUUUCAUUUGGAACUGCUUUGUAAAUAAUAGCAUUUUCUGUCAAACAUUUGCCUUCAGGCCCCAGGAACUACUGUUGCUUCAGUGUCCUUUAACAAUGUCCCGUUUCCCUGAGGUAUGAAUAUGAGCUUGCACACAUGUAACAUUCCCUUGUCAUUCAUUAUUAUCAUGGGAAAAUCAAAAUAAUUUUUGACUACAAAGGAGACUUAUAGUUGUUAUCCUGCACAAAUCAGGUCAUAAAUAUUAAGAAAAAAAAAAAAACAUAGGCAGUUAUAAAUACCAUAAAGCACAUUUAAGACCAAAACUUAGUUCCACAUGUUUGAAAAAUUUGGACAUUUAUCAGGAAUUGGACCCACUGUCCAACCUAACAGUGAAGACGAAGUUGAAAGAGGGAAAUGGAGUCCAAAUAUCUCAGUUUAAUUGAUUGUCACAAUCCAAGUCAAACCAAAUAGUACUUCCAGAACAGCGAGCUAUUUGGAAGCGUUACAGGAAAGAGGUGCAACAUCAUCAUAUGAGAUGUGAAAACAUCUCAUAAAAUUCAGCGUCUAAACUAAACCAAGUGUUAUUCGAACUUAUGCUUACCGUAGAUGAGACCUAAACUAAACACCAUCAGCAUAUUUGGUGGCAAAAAUGAAGCCGUAUACAAAGAAAAGCACCUGAUACACCACUGUGGAGGUGGAGCACUGAUGCUUUGUGGCUGGUGUUUCAGGGGCUUUUGUGAAUAUGAAGGUCAUCAUGAAUUCUUUCAAAUAGCAGGAUAUUUCAGCUCAAAGCCUGGUUCCAUCUGCCAGGAGGUUAAGACCUAGCUAUACAUUGUGCUUUCAACACGCCGAGCCAAACAUGCUUCAACAUCAAGACAGACCUGGUUAAAGAAACACAAAAUCACCUCAGUCUCCAGAUUGAACCCUACGAUGGUCACUGGUCUGAAUUAAAGACGGAAAUCCAGACGUCUAUAUAAUAAGCGGCAAAGUUUGUUUGUUUGUCUUGAACUAACAUCGCCAUUUCUCUACGGAUUUUCACUAAGUUUGGCAAGUAGGUCUGGGGAUUACCCGGAAUUUAGCAGAUGUAAACAAAAUUCAUGUACGGGCUCCAUGGGGUCCCUGAUGGGCCCCUGGGUGGUGGAUGUUUGGAUUUUUAUUUGUCUUGGGUUAACAUCACCAUUUCUCAACAGAUUUUCACCAAAUUUGACAUGGAAGUCUGGGGGCAACCCAGAAUUUUUCAAAACCCGGGCAACACCGGGUAACCUGCUAGUAGAAUAUAAAGGAACUUAAAAUGUUUGACACGGAGAAGUGGACAGAAAUCUUUCUAACCUGUCUAACCUUGUUAGACAUUACAGGAAGAGACUUAGAUACAGGAAGAGUGUGGCAGCGUUUAGCAGAUAAAGUGCACAACAUUUUUAUCUUAAAAAAAAAAAAGUUGGUCAAACUAUUCGAUGCCCUUGUAUGCUUGAGCACAAAAUAUCACUGUAACGUUUCCCUGAUUACAGUGGACACUGAAUCACAGGCAGGCAGGAUCAAGUUCACGCUCAGUUUUAUUUCAAAACCACAAAAAUCAAACAAAACACGCUUUUCAGCAGCUUUACAAUGAUGAGCUGUGUGCCACUAUACGGACGUGACAUCAGUCGGGAGAAGAGAGAUCCUCACACUCUACUGCUCCGUCCUUUUAUCUGCUCCUUCUUACUACACACACACACACACACACUAAUUCACCACAGGUGCUUCCACUUUGCCACUCACCUUCCCCGGCCUCGCUCUCCAUUUACAAACUGGUGCUUGACCAUGCCCCUGCUGCCACAAUCACAUAUGUGCUAUUAUUAUUAUUAUUAUUAUUAUUAUUAUAAAGGAAUGUUUGCUCAUUUUCAAGAAGUGUGCCAGUUAUUUUGGAGGGUACUAUAUUAUAGUUUCAGGAUUUCUUGCUGGAAAUUCACCUCUGUUUGUUAAAAAAAAGAAAAAAGGGUGCUUUUCACUAGGGUAAGACCCUGAAAUAGGGUGCCUAUUUAAUCCAUUUCUAUUACAUCAGAAAGUGUACCAAGUGUACCUUUUUAAAAAAUAUAUAUUCUUUAAGGUACAGUCAUAACUGUAAAAUGUAAAUAUGUUCGCUAAAAAUGCCUAAUGUACAGAACUCAUACCCUUAAGGAUCUCACACGAGUGACAAACAGCGGUACAGUUGCGUACUCCAUAUUUUCUGAGAACGUUCAUGUUUGGCCUUGUUGGAAUUUGCAACAAUGAAGCACACGUGUAUAGAUUAUAUUCUGAUGUGUGUUAAACAGCACGAUCACUGCUGAACUGAACUGAGGAAUUUGCUGUCCUUUCGAUGACUCUUGAUGCCAAAAAUGUUAUAUACGCAUGUGGAGGUUUUAGCCUGUGGGUGAGAUGAAGCGUGUUGCUCCAAAUAUGCUACUAAUAACCGAAGACUGAAGCUAAUGCAAGAAAUGAUGUCGCAAUGUUCAUGCUUAUUUGCAAGCUUAUUCCCACUGUUGGAAAGAGAGAGCUUUUUUCUGAAUUCUCUUUUGUACUAAGACGCACGUUUGUCUCUUCUUGAUAUUGUUGUGUUCACUUUGCCACUGUGAAAAUGGCUAAGGGGUCAAUCUUUGGUGUUUUGCUGAGACUUCAAUACUUGAACUUGUGUAUGAACUGCUGAGCCCUAGCUGCCGGCGAGUGUGAGAAUGUUCUGUGGGCGCUGAUGUGUAGAUAACGUUUUGCUAUUUGGUUGUUUUGCCAUCACUGAUGAAUUUUAGAUUAUAGAUGUCACGUCUUACUGAUUUUAUUAUUUAGUAAUACAUGUGAACUGUAUGUAUUGUUUUAGAAUUUAUUAUUAUUAUUAUUAUUAUUAUUAUUAUUUGGAAAUUGCAAUGUUAAUAAUCCUAAGGUAUGUAAAACAUUGCUAUUCUACAUUUUCAAAUUAGUUUCUUUCAAUUUUUUUUUUCUUAAUCCCUGGUUUAAUUGUAUGCUGUCUGUCCUUGUGUGAAUAGUUUUUCCUCUUGCACUGGCUAAACCUAAACGCCUUCUUUUGUGGCAAUCACAGCUGAUGCGAUGACUAUCUUAACUGAUAAUGAAUAAAUAAAUAUAAUAUUUAAACUUAA